UUUGCAAAUUUGUUACUGGACAAUUAAUGGGACAGUUUGUAUAUACUGGCAGUUGCUGAAUUUAUUUUUUUCCUUGAGACAAAAACAGUGCAGAGAAUUUCUUCUAAAAUAUCUAAAUAGUAAUGCACAACGUCCUUCACAAACAUGCAGAAUGAGUCAUCUGAUAAGUUUCAGGAAAGCAUUUUUAAGAUGAAUGUUGAAUCAUUUUAGGCAUAAAAUUUAUGCUUAGUUUCUGGUUCAGUUGCAUUUUGAUGCUAUUUUUAUCCUGAGCUUGCCCAUCCAGUCAUCUUAUUUGCAUUGCUAAGCUUAUCAGAUGUUUUUUUUUUUUUUCUCAACAAGAGGACGUUUUCCAGACACACUCCCAUUCAGGGUCUGACUCCAUGGUGUCAGGAUGAACUGUACGCUCAACCAGACUAUCAACCCCAACUCCUCAGUGCAACUGCACAUGUAUCCUACUGUCUAUUCUUUAUUGUUCAUUGUGGGUUUUCCAGCCAACUUGUUGUCUCUGCUCAUAGCCUGGAAGCUGAUGUUGAAGGGGAAUAGCAUGGCUGUCUAUCUCAUCGGCCUCUCCAUAUCGGACCUUCUCUACACAGUUACUCUCCCUCUUUGGAUUGGAAUGGCCCUGCAGUGGAAUCUGUCUGAAGGUCUGUGCAGCGGGAUGUAUUUGAUCAUGUACAACAGCUUCUAUGCUGGCUCUGGUCUGCUCUGCUGCAUCUCUGUCGAUCGCUACCUCGCAGUGGUCUACCCUCUCCACUUUCACUGGGUCAGAGAGGUGAGGACGGCAACAGUUUUGAGCGCCGCUGUUUGGAUUCUGGAGAUUUUUGUCCACAUUCUCCUGCUUCAGCACAUGGGGGUGCUGGAGUCUUUCAACUACUUGUGCAAACAGCCCGUGCCAAUGACACUCACGGAUGCCGAUGUGGCCCUCGUUCGGGUUGUCCUCAGUUUCCUGUUUCCUGUUUUCAUAAUGACUUUCUGCUUUCAACAGAUCAUGCAAUCUCUCAGACAGAGCACCUCUAUCCUAGCAGAAGAGCGCAGGAAAGUUGGACUCCUGCUGCUGCUCCUCUUGCUCACAUAUAUAGCUUCCUUCUUACCAUACCAGACAGUCAUGUUUCUCCGGGUCAUACUGGAGCCACGGCAGUGCAACUGGGCCCAGAGCUUCACAGAUCCAUAUGUGGUCACAGUAGCCACGACGACCCUGAACAGCACUCUAGAUCCCAUAAUCUACUGUUUAAUUAAUGAGAGUGCUAAGAGAGAGAUUUGGGAAGUUUUGAACAAAGGGAGGAGACAUUUUAUAAAACAAAAACCACGGAUUCAAACAAUUUCCUGAAUAAAUAUACUUCUUUUAAACUGUAAUUCCAUAUUUGUUUUGUAUCAAAUGCAAAUCUAGUUAUAAAUAUAAGCAAUGUUGUUUUUAGAAAACUAAAUCUUUCAUGUUUUACUGAAAGUCACAGCCACUGGAAUCAUCUCUGCAUCUCACUGGAUGUAAUCUGCUGGGUUUCCUUAGAUAGAAAAACUUUUUAUCCAAUUUGAAUAAAAAGCUAACUCCGACUGCACUGUUCAAUGGUUAGGAUUAAUUGGAAUGUAUGAACCUGACUG